AUGGAACGAAUUAAACUCGCGAAAAAAGGAGUCGAAGAAGGAUUGAUCAAAAAAGAUGAAGAUGAGCUCAAGCUCAUCAUCGUAAAGUUGGAGGAAAUGAAAUGUAAUAAACAUUGCAUGACAAAAGAACAGGAAAAAAUGAUGGAGCAAUUGAAAUUCGGGCUUAAAAGGCAGAAAAAGCAAGUCUAUUUCAAUGGAGAACUCAUGGACGCGUAUGUAAAAGGGAUGGCUCGCAAUACUAUGAGCGAAAUCAAAGAAAUGGUUUAUGAAAGCGGACACCCAGUGAACGAAGUAAUGGUUGCAUGGGAUAAGAUGAAAAAGAUGGCGGAAGAGGGACGGACUUUAAUCAAAGCUUUGGAGGAAAAGUCACCAAAGAAACAAUCAAAUGCGGAGGAGUAA